AUGCCAUCUCUCGCAUCUACCCACACCAUAAACGUUUACAAAAGCGCUCGCGACCUGCCGCUUGAAGUCUGGGAGGCAUUUCACGCGCAUCCGAGAAAUUCAAACAUUAUAUAUCCGCAUGCCAGCAAGGCGAAACAGCAAUCCCGCUCUAAUCCCAAUGUCGAGAGAGAUACUUGGAUCGUUUGUACAACCCCUGGGGGGCGCGGUCGAUCGUCUUCCCUGGACUUUGUGCUCUCUUGCACAGAAGGCCCCCUUGACUCAUACCCUAUAUUCAUCUUCACUCCUAUCCCAAUCUCCCACCUCGAUCCUAAUCAUUAUCGUCCUAGACUUCGAGGGCUGAUCCAUGCAUUGCAAGAAUGUGUUCCACCAGAACGUGUCUUCUCGGUGUUUUCUUUGAACCCCAUAUCCCGGGCAUUCGCGGACAUAUGGACCCAUCAAACGGGAAUCGGGUUGGACGACGAUCCAAUCUAUUACGAAGCCAAAUUGACGUAUUGUACGAAGGCAACCCUGACGCAUAUCCGGCCGGAUGUACUCCAAAAUACGACUUAUCGCCUGCGUCUUGCUAAUGAACGAGAUGUUCCCGAAGCGGCUAAGUUGUGUCAUGGGUUUGCUGCAGUGUCGGAGCCAUUUACAUUGAACAAAGAGCAGGCUAUCCAAGAGGCUGCUCAUUUGAUACGCAACAAGCAGUUAUGGGUGCAUGACGUUAUGGUAUCGGACUUUCGUUCGGAGAUAGCGUCGAUUGUCGCUGUUACACGAACUAGCGAAACCGUAGCUAGCGUCACGAAGGUAUUCACAGAUCCGCGGUGGAGACACUACGGGUGCGCAGAGCGUCUCACCCGCCAUGUGACCCAAUGCCUUCUUGAAAGUAAAGAUAGCGUUAUGCUCUACGUUGCACACAAUAAUCCCGCAGCAGCCAAGGUUUAUCAUCGCGUUGGAUUCGUGGGGCUUGCGCCUGGUUUGGGGCCUGUAGAAGGAGUUGAUUCGUGGCUAGAGCUUGGGUUUGACCGCAAUCUAGUGGAUCUCGGACACUGGUGA